CAUGCACCACCUUUAGACUGGUCUACUUACUGCCGUGCGUAUAUCUGUCCUUGUUAUUCGUCUCUAUUCAGAAACACUGUGAGAUUGUAUUAUUACUGUUCGGUUUUAGGAGGACCAGCAUUUCAUCACAGUCAGCGAGUUCCUCUCAAAUGGCUACAUCCUCCUCUUCAUUCUCUUUGUCGCCAAAUUAACCCUCGUCUUCUGUACCCGCUCGGUCCAGUACUUUCUGACAGUACAAGCCAUACACACAAAGAUAGCCCUCCAGGGCAUGGUGUAUGACAAAUCCCUGUGCCUGGCACUGAAUGGAGGUGGCUCCAGUAAUGGCAUCACAGCAGGCAAGCUGGUCAACUACAUGUCCACCGACCCUGCCAACCUCCAGCAGAUGUUUAUGGAGUUUCACUCGAUAUGGAUCACAACGCUAUCGAUACUCAUCAACAUAGUGCUUCUGUAUCUCCUCCUUGGGUUCUCCGCUCUCAUUGGUGCUGCCUCCCUCUUCCUGAUGAUGCCUCUUACCACCCUUGCUGGCAGGGGCAUAUCUAAAUUCCAGAAGAAAGCACUGCUUUUUUCAGACAGUCGACUGAAAUAUUGUAAAGAGCUGUUGGUGGCCAUGAGGCUGGUCAAGAUGUACGGGUGGGAAGAUGUCUUCCGUCAGACCAUUGAGUCUGUCCGGAAGCAAGAGCUGCUGGCUAAUCUCUUCAGAUAUGUGUUCUUUGCCGUGUCAACCACGAUAGCAUCGGGAGGCCCCGUCUUGAUAACCUUGAUUUCAUUUGGGACCUACACCCUCCUGUCUGGCGAGGCUCUGACUCCAGAGGUGGCUCUACCCGCCCUGUCUCUUUUCUUCAUCUUGGAGAAUUCCCUCUUCUACUUCCCGUUUUACAUCUCGUACAUGGUUACCGGUGUUGUGAGCACUCACAGGCUGCAGGCCUUUCUGAUGAGUGCAGAGGUCGAGGGGUCAUCCAACAGAACUAGCCACACUAGCAGCAAUGACGCCCAUAAUCAUGAUUUGGAAGUCAGUUUCAAACCAGUCAUGAAUUCUUCAUUAUCGGGGAAUGAUGGAGAGCCUCCUAGCAGAAGCAAUGGAAGCUCAGAUGGAUUGGAACUACAAACACUGCAUCAAGAUAAGAAUAGUGAUCCUGACUCCGAAUGUUUGCCAUCAGGAACAGCAGUGAAGAUUGAGUGUGGCAACUUCUCGUGGAACUCUGGGUCUGAGGCCGUGCUUCAUGACAUCAGCGUCACUAUUCCCAGGGGGAAACUGACUGUCAUCAUCGGUUGUGUGGGCAGUGGCAAGUCAGCCCUUCUCAGUGCCAUACUGGGCGAGAUGACCACACUGAGUGGCCAUGUUCACCUAGCAGACAGUGAUGUAGCUUACACAGCGCAGAAGCCAUGGAUUAUCAAUGCUUCUGUCAGAGACAAUAUCACCUUAGGUUGUGACAUGGAUGAUGCAAGAUACCAAGAGGUCAUUAAGGCCUGUGCUCUGCAGACGGAUCUGGAGCAAUUUCCAGCUGGCGACCAGACCGAGAUUGGCGAAAAGGGAAUCAACAUCAGCGGCGGGCAGAAACAGAGGAUCAGCCUGGCGAGGGCGUUGUAUUCAGACAAAACCACCGUCAUUAUGGAUGACCCACUGUCUGCUCUGGAUGCUCACGUAUGUCGCCAUGUUGUGCAACAGGGCAUUGUGGGAUUGCUAUCAAAUGAAGAAAGAACAGCCAUCUUGGUGACCAACCACCUCUUUUUGACGGAGCUAGCUGACCAUGUUAUUGUCAUGGUGAAUGGUAGAGUUGAACUACAAGGGACUCCAGAUGAGAUUGGUGCAGAAGAGUAUCAUGGUAGCCGAUCAUGGCCACAGUUACUCCAGCAGACUUCCGACAGGCCGGACCAAGCAGAUGCCCUAGUGUGGUCACCCGAGGAUGAACCGUUAGCGGUGGAUCAGUCCAAUAGCACCACAAAUGACAAGAAACAGAAUACAAGUAGCCAUGAGAAGAUGGCCCCGUCUGGCCGACUGGUCAAGGAAGAAGAGCGUAAGUACGGCAGCGUGUCAUACAGGGUCUACCUGUACCUGAUCCGAGUGACUGGCUGGCCCCUGCUGGCUUGGAUUGUGGGCCUCUUUGUCUUCAACAGUUGCGUAGUGGGGAGAGCAUUCAAGUUGGCUGAAUGGAGCGAGGCUGGUGUGACGAAUGCCAAUGCCAGUGCUGAGACAGAUUAUUACAUCAUGAGUUAUGCGGCCUUGUCUGGUGCCUGUGUGACAGUUUACACAAUUUCUGAUGUUGCUCGCACCGUUGCAGCAUACUAUGGGACCCGAAACCUCUUCAAAAACCUUCUGAACAAUGUCACACACCUUCCGUUGAGGUUUUUUGAUACCACUCCAACUGGACGAAUCCUCAACCGUUUUUCAAGUGAUACAAACAGCAUAGACCAAUACCUGUUUCAAAAUUUGGACGCAGUUUUGUUCAACAUAGUUGAAGGACUGUUCAUUUUGAUCUUGGAUUCCAUUGUUGCGCCAGCAUAUCUGAUAGCCGCUGUGCCUUUAGCCGUUGUCAACUUCCUCUUGGUCCGUUUCUUUCUGGCUUCCUCAAGAGAGAUCAAACGAUUGGACAGCAUAUCAAGAUCCCCAAUACUAGCAUAUUUCACCCAGACGUUGGACGGUCUUCCAACAAUUAGGGCCUAUGGCUACCAAAAACACUUUCUAGGUAGUUUUCUCUCCAAGGUCAAUGAGAAUUGCACUGCAUACCUGUACCUACAGACUAGUAACUUGUGGCUCAACAUCAGGCUGGAUAUUUUGGCAGCAUUCAUGGUCCCCGCAGCUGGUUUGGCAGCUUUACUGGCAUUGUCCUUUGGGAACCUCUCAACUAGUCUAGUCGGUCUGGCCAUUGCGAUCGCUUCAAGGGGUUCUGCUUUGUUAAGCUACAUUGCAAGAUUCUAUGGAGAGCUGGAGAUUCGAAUGAAUGCCGUCGAGAGAAUUGAGCAUUACACGUGUCUUCCAACUGAGAAAUAUCAUGGAAUAGUUCCAGCUGAUAAUUGGCCAGCUAGUGGAGGGAUACAAUUCAACCACGUGUCAGCUCGUUACGACAUCACCUUGCAGCCAGUUCUCAACCAAAUUGAUCUCCAGAUUGAACCGGGCCAAAAGAUCGGCAUCUGUGGCAGGACUGGGAGCGGCAAGUCCUCACUGACCCUAGCUCUGCUUCAGCUGAUUGACACACAUGAAGGGUCACUCGUUAUUGAUGGAAUGGAUGUGUCCCGUGUAUCUCUGAGUGUCUUGCGCCAACGCUUGUCAAUUAUUCCACAGGACCCGGUUCUUUUUACUGGAACAAUCAGGAAAAAUUUGGAUCCCACUGGCAGGAUGGCUGACAGUGAAUUAUGGGAGGCCCUGCAGAUAGCUCAGGUCAAGGGACUGGUGUCCGACUUGGGUGGACUUGAUUUCCAGGUUUCAGAGGGUGGUGAGAAUUUCAGUGUUGGACAGCGGCAGUUGUUUUGUCUCGCCCGGGCUUUCCUCCGCAAAUCUCGCAUCCUCAUCAUGGAUGAAGCUACGGCUUCCGUCGACGUGGAGAUGGACAAGACUUUGCAGGAGGUUGUGGCUGAAGCUUUCAAGGAUCGAACAGUUCUGACUGUUGCUCACCGAGUUGAGACCAUCAUGAAUUGUGACACCAUUUUGGUCAUGAGCAAUGGGGAAAUUGUAGAGACGGGACCCCCGCCGCAGCUUCUGGCCAUGCCUGGUGGAGAGUUUGCUGCCCUCGUCCAGGCCAGCAGCAGUAGGGUCAGGUGAUUCAAUCAGGUGAUGAGACAUGGCCACAGGGCUCGCUAGUCGUGAUUUGAAGGCAAUGGUAUAACCUGCACGGAGUUGAUUCUGGUCACAAGGUCGUAAUGCUUUAAAAAGACCCCCUCCUAGUCAUGGCCUAAGCAUUGUGCCAGCUUUUUGACAAAGUAAAAUUGUUUUUGACAUCCUUUCUUAUUGCACUGCUCUCAUACUGUUACAUCAUUUUGUCUUUGUAACAGUCGCAAUGUGGGCAUGAUCUGAUUACCUGUACAUGGUAUGAUCAUGUGACUUGAUCAAAUAAUGGCCAGGCAUUGAACACUGGCAUAAGAGAAAAGGAAUCUUCAAAACUAAUUCAUAAUUAUUCCUUUAACCCUAAAAGAGCCGGGGGUGGGAAGGAUCCAUCCCCCUGGACAUUUUUUCUAAUAUUGCCAUAGUGCACAUUUUCUGGAAGCUGAACCUUUAAGAGUUUUCAAGAGUUUUAACAAAAGUGAGCAGGGUACAGCCGGGUUCUUGGGGGGGGUGCCAGAAUCUUCCCCCCCCAGCUAUGAGAGGGGUUAAAAUAACCAGGUGUUUUGGAGGGUUAAAGAUAUUUCCCCGCAGAGAAUAUGUACUAAGUGCACUGAUGGCCUAUAAACUCUGAGCCAUCAAAGCUAAGCACAUGGAAAAUGGACAAGCUGUUGAACAAUACGUAAGCGGUACACAAUUAUUACUAUUAACUUUUCUGGUAAUGACACCAAGGAUUCCUCAACUGAGCACCUUAGGCAUUGUAGCUCAUUACAUGUAUGCCAAGUUUCAACAAAAUUGAACAAGGCAUAGCAUAGGUCGGGGGGGGGGCCAGAUCCCCCCCCCCCCAGCUGUAAGAUGGGCCAAAAUAACCAGGCUUUUUGAGGGUUAAAGAUAUUCCCAUGUACAUGUGCUAAUCUCAUCGAUUACCUAUAAACUUUGAGCCAUCAAAGCUGUGUACAAGCUUUUAAACACUAUGUAAGCAGUACACAAUAUUAUUACUGUACUAUUAUUACUUUUCUGAUAAUGAUACUGAGGAGACCAUCCAACCUGACCCAGCUGUAGGCUUUAGCCAAGGAAGAGUGGACCAACAUAUCAUAGGAGACAUGCAGAAAGCUUGUGGACAGUUAUAGGAACUGUCUUGAGGCAGUCAUCAAGAACAAAGGCUAUACUAUUGACUAUUAGGAAAAGACAAUGGACUAUGUAAACCUGGGGUAUGAAAACUUUUGAACAGGAGCAAAAAAAGAACCCCCGGCCGUAUCUAUUAGUAUGCAAAAGAAGUUCAGCCAACACAUGUGGGUUUGUGUAUUGCAACAAUUCGACAAAAGAUAUAGUGGAAGUACCAACAUAAUAGCUUUUAUAAAUGAAGAAUUUAGAGAAGUGAGUUAUUUUCCAAAGGGUAUGAAUACUUUUGAGCACAACUGUAGGUAUAAACUAUUUAAAGUUGCCAUACAGCAGAAGUUGUUAAUGGAGACUACUGUAAUGUAUUCACCAACAAAAGGGUUGUUGCACUUUUAAUGGUUCUCCAUCAUUAUCCCAUGAUACCGUGUAGUUUGAAUCAGAAUGUUAUCACAUGCUUCGAAAAAAAAUUAUACACAUAUUUUGCAUAAUGAGGAUUUUAAACAUUGUAUGUGAAAAGUUGUUUGGAACUCCAUAUUGUCAGAAGUACUGUUAUUUUGUACAGGUAAUCUGUAUGAUCAAUUUUAUUUUACUUAGAUUUUUAAUAUUUUAUUGCAUGUACUUUUACUAUUUAAAAUCUGCAUUAUUUUUUACCUUUAUAUGCUGUUGUAAUUGACUGAAAUUUCAAUUUCUAAACUCCACAAGUUUUGUAAUAGUAAAGAAUUUGAUCCUGGCGAAAAUCAAUGCAAGAUUACUUUUUUGCACAUCGUGGUGCAUUUUGAAGCAGUUUAUGUUGUUCAUGGAUGAGUCAUUGCCCACAAGAAGUUAAAAAGUCACCUUACAUUUGUGCAUGAGUUGUAAUUUGACUCACUUCAUUGUUUAUAAAUAUCUGUCUUUCAUGAUUUAGGCCAAAUUUGUAUUAGAUAAUCCUAUAAUUCAUACAGUAGUGUUACUAUGGGGGGGGUGCCCCCAUUGGAAAUGUGUGAAUAAUUUCUGUUGAAUUUAUACAUGUAUAGCUAUACAGCUGCAGCUUAUUUGCUCCUGGUGCCCCCUUGAAAAAAUUUGUGCACCCCUGGGGUGCCUCCCCCUGGACACUUAGGCCUAGUUAUGCCACUGCAGUCAUAAUAGCAAAACUACUGUAACUUUGGGUAAAAAAUUGUAUCCGGGUGUGAAAAGAGCUGAAUUUUUGGAAUAAACGAAAAUAAAUGUAACACAACCUUGAAACAUGAGGGAUACUUUAUUACCGAAAAACCAACAGCAUAAUUAACAACCAUAAAACAUUACCAGUUACUUGUCUGCUUUUGUACACGGGAGAAUCAUUGCUGUGAAAUGAUCAAGCCAGAUGUAAUGUUACAAUUGUCUGUUGUGCAGCUAAAGAAGUGAGCCGAAAAGGUGCAAGUUAAAUCAUGAAACUGGAGGUAGGGCCUAUUUAAAAUUUAAUUUAAAAAUUAAACACCACAGAGAAAGACAGAAUUUUAUGAAUCAAUUUAAUUUAAUCAAUACCAUGACAUCUCUGUAAAGUUAAAUUUUGCAAAUAAAUGAGUGAUCAAGAAUCAAACAAACUGACUCUUGAUUUGAUGUCAUUUCCCCCACCAAAGAUGAUAAAUCUACAGUUCACUAACUGAACCAACCAUUUGGCCAAGUAAAAACUGAACUUGUUUAGCGUCUGGGGUUUUGAAAGAAUGGGGGUGGAGUUUUUUUCUUUCGAGACAGCCAUCAUAAGGUGAUAAGGCUCAACUUAUCACCUAUUUGAAAUCUCUCGAUUUCACCUUAGUGUUUCCCCCUCUUACUAUUUUUACUCUUAAAAAAAAUAUCUGGACCAUUUUUUCAACAUUGUACAAUACAUUAACUUGAUAAUGUAAACAUAGCCCUCAUACCGAGUUGUAC